GAAUUAUAAAUGUGUGGAAAUAGAAUGAAGCCCUACUGCUAUCUCCCAUCCUUUCUAUUUUAGGUGCUGCAGCAAUAGCUUGGCAGAGAUGGUUUAUCUUGCGCUCAUUUUAUCUUUACUCUUCACGGCCUCUGCUCUUAGAGAAGAUACUCUUAAAGGUUUUCAACCAAAGUGGGAAACCUCUGGUCCUGUGGAGUACAUCUCGGGCGGGAAGUACUUUCUAGCUUUGAACGGCGUCCAUGCUAUUAGGCUUGGGCAUGAGGCAUCGAUUUCUCAGAAAAUCCAUGUGAAGAAAGGAACUAUGUAUGCACUUACAUUUGCAGCGUCAAGAAGCUGUGUGCAAGAAGAGGUGCUGAGGGUGUCCGUGCCACCUGCAUUAGGGGACAUUCAUAUGAAGAGUCUGUAUAGUACCAAUGGCAGUGAUGUUUAUGCUUGGGCCUUCAGAGCAACUUCUGACUUUGCCAAGGUGACCUUACACAAUCCUGGAAUGCAAGAAGAUCCUGCUUGUGGACCGCUUAUCAAUACUGUUGCUAUCAAGGAACUUUUGCCUCCCCUGCUCACUACAAAUAACUUGGUCAAAAACAGUGGUUUUGAGGAGGGCCCUCACCAUAACUUAAUAUAUGCUUCAGAUGGGAUCAUACUACCUCCCAAGCAAGAAGAUUUGGAAUCCCCACUUCCAGGAUGGAUCAUUGAAUCGCUAAAAGCGGUCAAGUAUAUUGAUAGAGCUCACUUCCAUGUCCCCUCAGGUCAGGCAGCCAUAGAAUUGGUAGCAGGGAGAGAGAGUGCUAUCGCGCAAAUCAUCCCAACAGUCCCAAAGUUCCAUUUACAUCUGCAGGAAAGGGAAACUUCAAGACCGUAAGCUUUCAGUUUAUAGCAUUUGGCAUCAGGACAAGGUUAACAUUCUUCAGCUCCUUCUACCAUACUCGGGUGGAUAAAUCUGGAGGUCUCUGUGGUCCAGUUAUUGAUGAAGUCCAAGUCCCCCCUGUUGCAUAGAUCUAAAUAUAUCAUCAUCAAAACUACAAUACUAGUUUGUGAUGGUUAUAAGAAUGUUUGAACUUGAAAACUUUUCAUUUACACAUCGCUUUGAGGACUGAAUACUAUGAAGUACAGGUUGCA